UGACAUUCACUCAAAGUUGAGUUGAGUUGAAGUGCUUAGCGGUUUAGAAUCGUUUCUCCAACCAAAGUUACAAUGAGUACUCGUUUGGAGUCGCAACACGGCCAAGAAGAAGAAGAUGGAUCCAGGCACUCGUCUGAUCUAAAAUUCAGCCACUGGUAUACAUGGCGAACACAUUGGUCUACUUGCUCGUAUUGGGUGGAAACCUGCUUGGAAAAGUCUUUACCUAACCUCGUGAUUGCCACUGUGAUUCUGCUCCUCCUGAUCCUCCCAUUAGUCUUAUUCAACUCGUACAACGUUAACCAAAUUGGGUACAAGGUGGACAUGAUUGACACAUUGGAUCAGCAAGUCAUUGACAUUCAGUCACGUUUGAAUGAUCUCUCUGUGAAAACGUCAAAGUCGAUCAUGACUAAACCUGAGACAGGGCAAAAGGGUGAACCAGGCUCUCCGGGAAUGGCAGGAUUGCCUGGGCUUGUGGGGAAAAAAGGUGAUCCAGGCGACAGAGGUUUUCCCGGUGCAUUAGGAACAAAGGGAAGCACUGGUUUGCCCGGACCCAUGGGGCCCAAAGGCGAAAAGGGGUCUAAUUCUGGUACCGUAGGACCCAAGGGUGAAAAAGGCGAUAAGGGCGAGCAAGGUGAGAAAGGAACGUCUGCGCCUACUCCCGCGGGACCAUUCAGUUUCGAUCUUAGCCCGGCUAGCAAAGGGGAUGAAGUGAGCUUCGAGGUUAAAUGCUUCGGGACUUGCCGUGAUGUCAACGUUCGGUUGAGCGUGGAGUCGGGGGAUGCUGACCUCUAUGCCAAAGAGGAAAGCGAACCCAAGAUCAAGAAUUCCAAUUGCGAUGACUGCCGCUUGUGCAAAUCCAGAUCCUCGAACCUCGACGACUCGUGCAGCGGAAUACAAACCCAAACCAGGGAAGGCUUCUUCAUCAAAGUCACGGCUCACAAGCCCUACGCCAAUGGCCAGCUUAAGAUUAAUGGUUUCAACCUCGAGAGCGUUGAGCAAAUCAACUAGUUUGAAAAUGUGAAAGUGCCCGCUCAUGUUUUCAAACUUGUAUAUGUAUUAUAAAUGAAAAAGGACUCGCAAAGUACAUUUUGCAAAUAAAGAUAAUUACAUUAAA